AUGACGGCAUGCCGCCUCCGGCAGGCCCACCGUCCCAAAGUUGUCCCACCGCCCACCGCCCACCGCCCGCUGCCCGGCGCGAGCGCCAAGUUGCCAGCACCCGAAUUUUCAGUUCGUGUUCCUGUCUUCCUCUUCCUCCUUCCACCCCACCCUUUGUCUUCCCGCCCUCCCUCCGCACUCUUCCUCUUCGCCUCGCACCCUUCUUCGUCUCUUCGGACUCCAAUCCUCCCCCCAUUUGCUGGCAUUGACUUGUCUAGCAUCCGACUGAGAGAAGAUUUCCACACGUCGAUUUCGCCGCUUCGUGAAAUUCUACUGCUUGCCCGAACUACGUCGCGCAAUUGA